GUAAACGUGGUCUCUAUUCUAACCCAGCACCGCUAACACAUCACUAAACGAAUCAAAGGUUGAGCAAUUGAGCCUGAGGAUUAGGUUCGAGUUGAGUAGGUGCAACUAGUGUGCUAGGCUAGCACAAAAAAAGGCGCACUUCUAGCAUCCCCAGCCAGAACCCAGCGCAUGCGCGCACACAGAAACCCAAUCUACAGGCGUGACUCAUGAAUUUCUGAUAUAUAGCUCUUCUGAGAUAUUUAUAUAUAUUAUUAUUAGAAUUGUUUUUACAAAUGGCAACUGUACAUAAAUCUAUAUGGACGUUGAAACGCUUUGGACGUUUUUUGCCUGGGACCAAAGAAGACGGCGGUAAUCCAUGGAAGAUGUUUGAGCCCAGUGAAAGCGCGGGUGAAUUGAUGCUCACCAUUGUGGAAUCUGGUCAUAUGUUGGUGUCCCAAGGCCACGAUCUUCUGGAUGGGUUUUCCUUACUUGAUGCUCCAAGCUACCUCAAAGUUCAGCAGAAAUCAGAUACCCUGCUGUUCCGUCUGACUGUUAAGGGGGAGAGCCGUCUGAUCAGGAUGCAGUUCAGUGGCAGCAGGGCUGAGGCCCUGGAGGAGUGUAGCAGUGCAGUACUCAGACUGAAGGAGUACCUGCCUGUCACCACACAGAGGGGGCCCCCACCACCACCACUCAGCUGCCCCCCAACACCCAAUCAGCCCCCUACCAAGACCACUGCACAGAAUCAACAGGCGGGUGCUGGGGAGGCUAUGGCUACUGAACCGGAGGUCGUCCAGGGCUCUUUAUCCAUCAAACGUCUUACCCAGCACUUCCUGGGCGAGCAUGGUCUGUCCUUGCCCCUGGUGUACCGCCACAGUUCUCUGUCCCGUGGGGAGCUGGAGCCCUUUGUCCGCCUGUGUCUCUUGGACCCCAGCUUCCCUGCCUUGGUGGAGGAGGUGGAGGGGGAGCUGAGGAGGGUGCUCCAGGACUGAGGAGCUGAAGCUCAUCAACACAAACAGCAGAGAGAGACAGGUCAACUCACUACACACGGUACACAUGUGGGAGGUGGGUUGGGGGAUGUGUUGUUCUUCAUGCUGCUGAUUUUGUAAAUGUGUGCUGGAACAUAGUGACCAUUGUGUUGUAGGAGGAUAUUUAAACCGGCAUAAAUGUUGCGGUUUCUAGAAAGGAUUUUCGAGGCAAAGAAACAAAAUGUAUUUUGGAGCCUUUUAUUUUCAAAAAUGUAUUGGUCUCGUAUGUUAUUGGUCUGAUGUUUUAUUGUGGCUAGAGAUACCGUAGCUCCUUCCAUUUCCAGCCUAAUGUCGGUCCAUUUGCACUGCAAUACACAUGGAUACACUGUAUUUAUAGGACAGGAGUCAUGCAGCUACAGCAGUGCAUUUUGCUAUACCAGCUUCCAAGUGAUCCCACAAUAUUAAAGCUUCACUGAGAAAAACAAACUACCCCCAAUAUAUCUAUAUAUGAAUACAUAUUGCAUAGGAUAAUAGCCAUGCUGUACAAUUUCAGAAAAAUAAAAAUGAAUGAAUUAA